AUGCUGGGACUGUGCAAGCCCUGUUCUCCGUGCUGUUAUGAUGGUAAAGAUAUAAUUAUACCUGAGUGUCAAGUUCCAGGUGUACCAACAGGCCUGCAGUGCAGCUACUUACGAUCUAACAAGUGCAGUACAUUGAUGACAUCAAGUAUUAGCACGGCGCCGUCAACCCCUCAACUAGAUCAGUCCACGACCCAAUGGCGGCCAUUCUCUUCUACAACGGGCACCGAAAUAAUCUCUCUUUCAAGUGAGCCAACCACCAACAUGGUUGAAGAGAACUCACCAAAUGUGGGCAGCAUAGUUGGUCCUGUUGUGAGCAGCUUCACAGCUUUCGUCACGAUCCUCGUCAUCGUGUGCUGCAAAAAUAUGCGUAAGCGCCGGUCUCACCAAUGUUGUCACCAAGGCAACCACUGUCACGAUGAUCAAGGUCAACGAUGCAAGGUCACUACGGUUUGACGACAGUCAUCAGCUCCUAUAAAUUAUCUAAUAACCUGAUAAGUUUUGCCCUGUAAUUUUUUUUUUGUACAGUGACAGAGAAAUCGGGACAUUUUCGCUACUUAAGUGGUUUCUAAUCGUCUUAAAACGUCUGCAAGCCCCGAUUCAUUCUCGUUCUAAGAUUUUCUGUUCUCUUGAUUAAGAUUGACCACACUUCCGUAAGAUCGUCAGCUUUUAGCAUUUUGGGUGGGUGAAGGGAGGGAGGACGCCUUCAGCACACAGUCCCCCCCAAUGUUGUAACCAGGAAGACCACUGUCACGAUGUUCAAAGACACCGAUGAGGAGGUCACUACGGUUUGACGACAGUCAUCAGCUCCUUUGAAUGCAAUUUUCCGUUAAGUUAUGCUCAGUAGUUUUUUGAGUCAGUGACAGAGAAAUUUAUUGUUUGACAAAUUCUCCUUUAAAGUAGCAUAUGAAAUGUGUAGGAAACAGUAUGGAGAACUUGCAUGCAAAUCUUCGGGUAUAAAGGUUAAGCACCUUAUCAUUAUAUUUCAUCCCAACUCGGCGCUUAGUUUUUAUGCGGAUCAGUAUCUAUUUGUGAUAUGAUAGGAUGAAGCCUUACAUUUUGAAUUUGUUAUUAAGAAUUUAUGUUAUUAAUCUUUCCCUAUUUUGGCCAUUCCGUCAUUGAUCUUUGGUUUAAACUGACUAGCGUGGUCUGCGAUAGGAAAUGGCUAUUUAAGAGGUUCUUUACUUUAUUUGCAUAAUAAGAGCAGCCAUUGAGUGCUUUUAUUCGCUAACCUCCCUUACGUAAACAGCCUCCAUUACCUUCGACGCCGUUCUCUCCGAAGCCAUUUACGUUUUGGGCUACUGAGGAGUGUGUAAAGCUUUCACAACAUGUUGCAGAGCCCAGAUCUCUUAGAUUCAUUCACCGUCGUGCGUGUUCAAGGAAGUUGUCAAUCAUGUUAUCGUUAUUUUUGGAACGAGGGUUGUUUCUGUCGUUAUCAAACCAAAUAAAAGCUUUUCGGUAGAGUUAUUUUGUGUCCGUUUUUACUAGACCAAUUAUUCAACUCAGGCUUGUCGAAUAUGAUAUUAUACGAGAGAUUGCAAACUGAAAGUACUUACCCUUAUACACACCCCUACUCCAAUGAUAAUUUUUUGCCCUUGUACAUGACCGACCAAUCCUCUGCUUAUCGUUUGACGUAAGCCGCGGGUAUCGUGUUCCUAUCGCGUGGCCAGAUUAGUCAGAUAAAUCGUCGAGAAGACUUCUGUAACUACAAACACCCGGUAAUCAAUCCUGAGCUUGCAAUAGGAGGCUGUUUAUAAGGUAUUCGUGUAUACAAUUGUUUUUGUUGGUUGUUUUUUCCUGUAUGUUUCGGGGUAUUUGGUACGAUGACGGUUUAAGGUUAUCAAUAAUUCCAGCCUGAAUUUUACCUGCAUAUAUCUAGACGACAACGUCGCAUUUACAUUCACUGAGCAUGGAAAUUUAUGGUUUCUGAGCGUUAUCAAUCAGACUGAAAACGUAAACGAAACUUAGAAGCUGCCGGGCUGGACUGCAUUUAAAACUAACUUAACAAUGACGAAGCUAAAAACAAACACAACUAUCGGGCUGACAUGGAAAUUAUCUUGAUCUUUAGAGUGACUUCCGGCCGGGCGAGAUCCACCGUUCAAUUCUAUUAGUUUUAUUCUUCACUUUCUCCAAUUUAGUGAAAUGAUUCGUGAUUAUUUUUUUACUUACAUAUUAAAUUCUUAUUCUCUGAAGGAAGCCAAGGUCACAACCGCUCGUCAAAAGCUUACUUCGCAAUAUUUUCACUUGUUUUCAGUCGUGUAAUUUCUUGACCGCUUAGGUUUCAUCAUGAGAUCCUUUUACACGCGAUGAGGUCUAAUCUUAAGAAUACUUCAGUUAUUUCAUUCAAGAUGUUAACACACGAAAAGAGAGAUAUUGUUUCGACAUCUAAGACGUCAUGUGAGUGAACACAAAAAACCAGGAAAAUGACACAUAAUUAGUUUCUUUGAUAUAUAUUUACCGAACGUUCGGUUAAACUGUCAAUUUUUGGUUCCAAUAUGUAAUCGAAACACCCCUAAAAGUUUGUACGUUAAAUGCUCUACAAUAAUCGUAAUGUUUAUUCGUUGCUUUACGCACGAUGAGUAACAGUCUUUAGAAUAAUCAGAAGUUUAACUGUUCCGUUAUUUUAAAAGGUUUCAAAACAAAUUUUCGAACGAUCACGUGACGAUCAAAGUAGGAUCACGUCUCACAAAUAAGGGACUUCGACUUUUCCGACCGUAUCAGUUACGAUUUAUCAAAAACUUAAAGAGACCGCCACGAAAUAUGUCAUAAUUCUUCAUUUCAUAGAAAAAGAAGAAAAACAAAAACAUGUGCGAGUGUGUAGAGAGCACAUCUCGACAAUACCUGUGCAGACACGGGGUCAUAUUUCAUUAUUCCAUCCCUAAUGGUAUAAUCAGUACAUGAUAAACCUGCGCUGCUUUCACUGUUGAUUAAUUUAUUGAUGUUACCAUCAAUAUUUCUAUUAAAAGUUCGAUUGCGCCCAAGAUCCUGCAUAGAUAUUGUGUCCUUCUAAUCUUACGUCAACUCUCUAAUAAGAAGGAAGUAUUAAAUGUAAAACGUUUUAGAAAUUAGUCGUCUGAGGCGUAACUCCGGCCACACUUCCCUCUGUCGAAAACGUGAAAAAGCUGUACUACGCUUCCUAAUCAAGUUACGGUUUAUUCAAUUGAUUUUAUGAUUCUAUUACAAUGUUUCGGUUAACUCCCUCUCACAGCUCUUAGCUUAUUUGAAAAAAAAAAACGCUAAAAACGUAAGGCAGUAAGCACGUGGAACAAGGCCAUAUAUGGGCGUUAAGAAAAAAUAAAAUGUGACACAUAAAUGCUAUAUAGUAGACAAAUCACUCACAAAUGUCAAUCAAAUUAAGACGAAUUAACGUAUCGUAAAAGCUCCAACAACUCUUAUAGUGAUUAUUUCUUCACUUAUACUGCGCUGAUGCUCCCUUGGGUUGUCAAUCCUGACACAGACAGGCUUUAAUUAGGCCCUUGAAUUUGCGUAUGACAAAACGAGAAUCACUAAAUUAAACAUUGUAGCUCUUUUUUUAAGUAUUUGUUUUUCUGUGUGUGUGUGUGUGGAGGUUUAUUUGCAUGUUAUAACAUGCAAAUUAGCAAAUUAGGCUAGCUGAAAUAACUCUUCGAAAAUUAAAAAAAAAGUGAAGUCAUUACGCCUUGAAUGGAGAGGAAAAAACCAAGCCUGCGAUCAUUUUAAAAGUUUUCUCUGCGUCUCGUAUCGGACUCAGAAAAUAAGUUUUAUUUUAACUUCCUUUUUCCUUAUUAAAUACACGGCCGAUAACCUUAAGGCUUGAUGCCUUAUAGGAUUAGCGUAUUUGAUUAACGAUUACGAUGUUUAUGAUGAUUGAUGAUGGUAUUUGUUUGGGUCGAGAUUCUUUCUUUCGUUCAUUAGCGGAACAAGAGAAGCGAGCUGGCAAGGGCGAAAUUGAGUCGUACAUGAUUUUAUGUUACAUAUAUGCUGUACCUUUUAAUGGCUUAGCUCUCCUCCAGGUUCUUUGUAAAUCAGUGGUUGAGCAUCCAAGCGGGAAAUCGGAAGGUUGAAUGAUCGAUUCUCUAAAUUGAAAAUCCAGAAGCUUUCUUUGUCUCGCGCUCGGAUAACAUCUUUUUCCAAGACUUGCUUCUUGAUGUGCAAGGCCAAUGUGAGGGGAGGAGGGUGAGGGUGAUUUUUAUUCUAUGUCUUGUACACAUGUGCAAAUAUCGUUACCACUCCGUCAGAGUAUGAUCAUGCAUGGACUAUAGGAGAACGGAAUCAGUUCAAAAGAGUUGCAACUGCUCAAAAAUAUAAAAAUCUGGCACCUUUCCUAGCAUUUUUAUUGAUGAAUAACUUAACGAAUAUUACACACACACACACAAACAUGUUUUCGUCUGAGACGCUAAGAUGUUUUCGGACAGAACUAAGGAAAGCGAUGUUUACGCCCAAAGCGAAAAUAAAAAACGUUUCCAUAGUUAUUUCCAUCAACAGAUCUAGGAAUUUUCAUAUGCUGGUUAGCGGUGGAGCGCGUUCCAUUGACCUCUUACCCAGACCGUCACCGUUCAUGUAAGCACGGGCUCAAACUUUGUAUCCAUAAAGUUCAGAAGAGUUGAUGCACCAUAUCAGUAUGUCUGACCAAAACAGAGAAUUGUUUGAAUGUACAGCCGAGUAUAAGGCAAAAAUGCAACUCUCGUCAAAGAAAACUUGUAUACGAUUAAAUUACUCAGGGCUUUUUCAGCUCAGUGUUUCUUUCUCUUCUUGUGUGGCAAAAUAUCACAGGAAAUUUUUAGAAGUUCCCGCACUACAUGUCGAGACAGCAUCGCGUGACAUAACAAUCCUUUUGUAUCUAUUUCUGUAGUUGUAAGGCCACGAACGGGUGCUUUUCUCGUCCUAAAAUACGAUCAUUUUGUUGUCAAUACCUUUUAAAAGAAUAAGCUAUAAAUGACACAGCUAUGGAUAGGUAAAUUUUCUUUCAUUUUGAAGCGGCGCUUUGUAAUUAUUUGCAAGUUUACAGCUCGCUUACUAUUUUUAUGGAACUGUAUUUGCAUUUUCCGGUUUUACUAGUAAGCCAUUGUGAUAUUUGACCCGUGAGUCUGGCGCGCGUAACAGAGUGAGUUAAUGUCUGGUUUUGCCCACCCAGAAGAACUGCUCGUCACGUUUUUGUACACAUGAAACGCAAAAUGGCGAGAUCCUUAGUUCCUCUAAAAAUUCUAACGCAUUCUUAGCGUCUCCUCUAAAAACUAUGAGUCUCUCUGCGAGCUAUAUUUUUAUCUCUUAAGAGACAUCACUGAAAAAUUAAUUUAUAAACAACCUUCGAACGUGAUGGAACGCCGAAGUAUGAAAAUCAAUCUUGCAUAGUGUUCUCUAGGAUCACGAGGAAAUAACUCUUGCACGUUUCGUAGUAACAUAUACCAGCUGGGAGGGCUCUUGCAUAUAUACAAUACUGUAAAUGAAAUCGUUAGCUACAGAUUCCAGUUCUCUCAUUGUAUUUGUAUCACAUAUUUCUUCACUCCAUUUCCUUUUAAGUAUUUUUAUCCCUCAUUUUUUUAUUGAAACUCUCGUCAGGAUCUUUCGAGGUUAAUUUUGGCUGUCGCUGCUUGUGUAUGCCUGAAACAUGUACGAGCUAAAAUGACGUGUUGGCAACAUCAAGAAAUAUUUUGGUUAGUACCAUGAUUACGUAACAAGAAAGUAAAUAGGUCCAUGAAAAGUGGGUGGACCAUGAAGAAGACCUAAAUAUAGAAAGAGCACUUUUAAAAAGUUCCAGCGGUCUUGACUUGGUUGGGUUCUCGCGCAACUUUCUUCACCCGUUAUCUGGAAAAGUAAGCUUUUUUUAACCUACAAUUACAAAGGCUGUUCGUGACUUAUACCGUUCGUUGUAUCAGUUGCCGUGAGAAAUGGUACGCGCCAAUUCAAGAGAGAAACUGAUCACGUACCAAUUCAACAGGGAAAACCCCUUCUGACCUAAUCAUAAUACCGCCUCAGGCGCAAUACCCGACAUAAAUAUGCAUGAAGAAAAGAGCGGCAUACAUGGUAAACUGAUUUACUAUAUAAAUCCCCUGAUAAUUUUCUAUCGCAAAAUUUAGGCCGAAAGAAACACAACGUCAUCAGGAAAAAGGAAAAUAUUACAGAUUUCCUUGACCCCAUUUUUCAGUCAUUUACUAUCAGCUCACUCGGACCCCCGCUAAUUCAAUAGGGCUUUUGUUUCGCAAUUUCUAUCAUUCGACUCAAGGUCGAGUAACGGUCAGUAAAUUGUGGGCGGUGACAAUACCUGUGGGGAAAUAUAUUAAGUGUGAAGCAAACUAUCGCGAGGUACUUAUAAUCAGUGAAUACAACUUGAAUUUUAUGAAAAAAAAGAUACAAUUCCAUUAGAAACUAAUAGGAUAUUUUUUAAUGUUUCCGAAUUUGUUAUAAUAGUGAGGCUGUCAGACUAAAAGCGUGACGAUGGGAGAAAGAUUUCCACUGUUCCUGUUUUCUUUUUUCACGUCGCUUUUGUGUAAGUAUCGUAGGACACCUUUCUUCGUUUAUCAUAUGUUUGUCAGGCCCCUGGGUUGUACCUAUCUGUAUAAUUUCAUUGUCUAUGCCUUACGGCUGACAAUAAGCUACAAUGCCAAUCAAAAGGCAACCUUCAGGUCAUAUAUUGCGAAGUCAUCGAGGAUGAACAUAAAAGCACAUACAAAUAUCACGCCACUGCAAAAAUCGUCCCACUGAAGAUCCGCGAUGGGAGGAAGAGGGUUUAAUGGUUUAAAGUCAGUAAGGGUUUCAAGAAAAAUUCUAAAGAGACAGAAGUCCGUGCUUCUAAAUCACAUUCAUAGAAAAUAGUUUGUUGUUACUUUGGAGAAGCGCCUCUAUCUAAAACAGCGCCGUCUUGACCUCAUCAGUCAAAGAUAAUUCCCAUUGUUAGAAUACACUAGUCCUUGUAUCACUAGCUCUUUAUCUCACAUUAGUGAAAUACUGAAAGGUAUUUUUUAACUCGCAGACGUAAGCGUUCAGGCCAAUUCCUCAUGCCAACCGGAUCAGAUUACAAUCAAAGAUCCAAAAACUGGUUCAAUUCAGUGUCAGGACUGUUUAAAAUGUCCACCUGGCAAGGGUCUCUCAGUUAAUUGCGGAGACGUAAUAACCCCUUCAACACCUGUGCAGUGCAAGCCAUGUGUGCUGGGAGAGACAUAUUCUGCUUCCUUCAAGGCCGGAGGUUGUGAGGACUGUGGAAAUAAGUGA